GCACGCCGCGGCGACGUCACCACGGCUCCCAUGGCGGCAGGGGAGGCGGAGCUGCAGUGGUCCCUGCGGGAGGCGGCGCUCGGAUUCCUGGACCGCGACGGCGGCCUCGCGUCCCUCAUCGCCGCUUCCCGCCGCGCUCGCCGCGAGACGGUGCAGUCUGCUGCAGUCUUUCGCUUCGUCUUGAAGAUUAACCCGUGCCACCUGACAGAGUGUGAUGCAAGGCUGGGGAAUAUGGUGUUGAAUCGGCCAAUACAAGCAAUGUACCUUUUUCGGAAGGUCGUCUUUUUAGCCAUAAAGGCCCUCUCUUUGAUGGAAUCCAUAGAAUGUGAAAACCAGAUCCUGAUUGUGCAGAGGCUGAGCCACGUGCCCCAGCUGCCGGCAUACACUCUCAGCGCUGCCACUUUCCCCCGCGGUCUCCUGCCUCCGCGCUUCUUCUCCGUGGAAGGAGUGGUGGUCUCCGUUACGACCAUCACGCAGUACACUCAGAGUGCACGCUUCCUGUGCUCAGAGAGAAUGUGCCCAGCAGCCUCAGGCUAUCGGCACAUCCGCAUCCACUCCCAUGGCGCCAACGAAGCCUCAACCAUGCGAAGCAACUUCACGUGCUCCCUGUGUGGUGCCAGCAUGGACGAAGAUGUCAAGUGCAGGACCAUAGGAGACAAACAGCUCGUAGAGGUGGUAGAUCCCGCAGCCCUGGCUACGCUGCGCGGGGCUCCCCGAGGCGCCCGUGCUGUCCGACACCAAGCAUUCACCGUCUUCCUGCGCGAUGAACUGACCAACAAGGCAGAAAUGGGUGGAAGGUAUGUCAUAUGCGGCAUUCCAGGGAAUGUCGGCACUGGAACGGACACGAUGUUCUGCAUGGAAGCGAGUAAUGUGCAAAUGCACGUCACGGCAGGACCACGCGACUUGCCGGCAGGGAUGAAGAACCUGCACGCCAGGAUGUGCGGAUCCCCCUGGGCGUUUGCCGCGUGCCUCGCUCACGCUUUCGCCGCCGAAGCGACGCCACCCGGCACCUACAGCGCCCUGAAGCUGGUGCUACUGCUCAGCCUCCUGCACACGAGCGCGGACGGAAGCGCCAGCAAGGACUUCCUGGACCUGCUGGUUAUUGGCAGAGAAACCCUGGUGAUCGGCAGGCUCCUGAGCUACGCGGCUGGGCUGGUGGAGAGAGGCGUCCAAUGCCCGCCCAGCGGGGAGCUCCUGGCCUCUGUGUCGAGGGAUGAGCAUGGCACGGCCACGGCAAGCAUCCAUGCCGGACAUGUCCUCCUGGCCAAGGGUGGCAUCUGCUGCAUCGGCGAGACGUCCUCGUACAAGAAGGAGAAGCUGCAGGCGCUUCAGAAUGCGCUAGAGAGCCGCCUGGUGUCUGUGCCCAUUCCCAAGAAGAAGUUUGGUGAAGAAGUGGCCCAGGAGGUUCAGCUGCCCAUGAGCUGCAGCGUGUGGGCCCUGGGGGGUGAUUCUGCGGUGCUGCUGAAGAAGACGGUGGGGUUGGGGGGUCUGUGGGACGAUGCCCCCCUGGGUACCAGGGAGCUGGGCCUCAUCCCGCUGCCGCUUGCUGACUCCUUUGGCCUCAUCGUCUUCUGUGAGGGCAAUGAGUCGAGCGACGACGGAGCGUGCAGGCUGUUGGCCGAGCACACGCUCAAUAAGGCGAUGCUUGCCAACGAGCCCGUUUAUAGCAUCCCGGAGCAGAUCACGACUCGGCAUUUUGAAGAGCUGGUGGAGUUUGCCAGAGCGCAGCCGUGUGAGCUGUGCCCCAGCGCCGAGCAGCUUAUCCAAGGAUACUACCUGUCCAGCCGGAGGCUGCGCGCCUCCUCCACGCAUGGCUCCAACUUUCCCUCCACUGCACUCCGGACCCUCAUGUCGGUGGCGCGGGCGCACGCCAGGCUGAGUCUGCGGAGUGUGGCUUUGGAGGCGGACGCGGUGAUCGCCAUCGCGCUCUACGAAAUCUCCAUCACCUCGCGGCAUGGGACUUCCGCCCUACAGAUAGUGCCCCCCACGGUGUUUCCUUCGGACCUUUCCUUGCGCGUGGGCUAUGAGCAGCGCGACAUACACCUCAGCAAUUGCCACCAGGACAUCCUGCACUUCUGCACUUCCUUCAUGCCGGAGAUGAUUUACAGGACAAUUGAGGAGUGAUCUCCUCCUUUAACUCUCCUCACUAUUCACUAGUCAAUUCGUAUCAUAUUCUCAAGCUCACGGGAAUCAUUGCGGUCGGUUUAAAACCGUUGUCAAUCCACCACUGGAAAAAAGGCUCCCCCACCCACCCCACAUGCCAUGUCAGUCAUGGCCAUUGUGCACCACGCUGGUCAGUGCAGCUGGGUAGAGUAGUAACCCAGGACUGGUACACGUUAGCGCACGAUGCUGACAUUAUCCAUGGCCGAGAGUAAGACCCAGGUCGCUGGACUCAUGGAGCAGCAUGUGAAACACGCCGCUCCACCUCAAAAUAAAACUUUUUUUUAUUUUACCAGGUAAGGCCCACUGAGGUAUAUAGUUAUUUUUUAUAGAAGCGACCUGGCCACAAAUGAUAGCCCAAUGAAGUGGGAUAAUUAUAUGGAAAUGUAUCG